AGCCCACAGACUACAGCAGCAUCCACGACUCCAUUCUUUUGGCCUGGCAUCCGAGUUAUGUCUCAGUAGUCGCGAACUCUGAAAUAACACCGAGAAUUAUGGAAACCCGGCCGACGACAUGCGAGUAGAGAUGUAGGUUAGAAGGAUGCCAGCCCACCGCAUCUCUCGUGUGCUCCUGUGCGUCUGGAUCUGCGCGGUUUGGGAGGCGCUGGCCAAAUCUCUUCCAGAUCAGGGAGCGCUUGAGGUGCAAAUCAAAGUGCAGGUGUUCGACAAUAGUGACUUGUCUCCACUGGCGGAUGCUGUUGUGGAGGUUCAUGGGAAUCAGACCAUUUUAGCGUCUGGAAAAGCAGGAAGUGAUGGCGUCCUCCGAGUCAGCUUUUUGUACCGAGCGGGAACAUGGGUCAUCAUCACCGCGUCUAAACUCGAUUAUGUCACCAACUCUGUACCCUGGCACUCCAGCCGCAUCCCACUGUAUGCAUCUGUGAGUCUGUACCUUCUAGUACAGAGACCUGGUACACUCAUUCUGUACGAUGAUGUCCUUCAAGUGCUGUCAGGCUCGCCAGGAGCUCGUAACCAGCCGUUGGUGCAGCUCCAGAGGAAGUCCCUUCAGCUCCCUUCAAACUCCAACUACACAUCUCUGUCGGCCGCUCUGACCACCGCCAAGAGCCAGUACGAGAUUGGCGGCUUCCCUUUCCUUCUGGGACAAGAGACCAACAGCUCAGGUGCAGAAAUUGGCUGGACAGAUUUAACAGCUCUUGCAGUGGUCAGCAUUGAGCUUUAUGACAAAGAUGGAAAUCCAAUCCACAUCUCAGAUCCAAUCCACCUCUCGGUCCCUCUGCCUUCUGACACUCGCAACAGGAUGGCAACCAGUGUCCCAACGUGGCUCUAUCAGCCUAAGACAGGUCUCUGGUCCCGGAAUGGGACAGGCUACAUUAAAAAGGACGGCUCACAGUUUGUGUGGAACCUUGUGGUUCCUGGGAUGGGAUACUGGUUAGCUGCCUUCCCCACAUCUUCAGGAUUGGGUCUCUCUCACCCGGGUCUACGGGACAUUACUACGUACCACACACUGUUCCUGUUGUCCAUCCUGGGCUCCCUGGCUCUGCUCGUGCUCAUCCUGCUCUGUGUGCUGCUCUACUACUGCAGGAGGAAGUGUCUGAAGCCUCGCAGACAACAGGGGAAGCCCCAUGCGUCCAAUUUAAACAGUGCCAAAAGAGACCAGGGUACCUCCAUGUCUCGUUUGAAUCUCAUCUGCGGUGGCCAUGUCGAAUCUGGAGCAGCUAAUGACAAAUCAGAGUUAUCCGAGUCUCGAGACUAUCACAGCUCACGGGAAGACGUCACCAAACAUGUCCCUGCCCACAAGUCGAGAAACUCAAAAGGUAAAAAUAUUUCCAGCUCCCAAAGAGGUGAAAGCUUUCCAAUGAAGGUAACUCGUGCCACUGAAACAAACAACUUGGACAACCCUCUGCUCCAUGAAGACUACAACCGUCAUCAUAGCGCCAAUGACAAUCGCGGAUACUCUUCUGACCCCCCUUCGCCACCUCGUUUCCAGGGUUACGUGCCAAACCAGACAGAUAAACCUCCCGAAUAUUCAGCGGCAGCAGCAGACAGCCUCACCAGACCCACAUCACUCAACACUCAGCCAGGACAAAUCAUAUUUUGUAGCUCCAUUGACCAAAUGAAAGAAAACAUGUAUCGGAGCAUGGUGCCAACUCUAGUCAUCCCAGCCCACUACAUGCGCUUGCCCUCAGAGUUCACCAGCAAAGACGGGAAGGACCCAAAAGACCAAGACAAAGACGGUGGUCCGAUGGGUCAACAGCAUCAUCACCAGGGACAAAGGCAGGGCCAGCAGCAAGGUGGAUGUCAAGGAGAUGAUUCAGAAGACCCCAGCUGGGCGUCAGAUUCAUCCGGAGGGCCAGUCACCAUCCCUGUACUCUUUAACGACUCAACCAUGGCCCAAAUGAAUGGGGAGCUGCAGGCGCUAACAGAGAAGAAACUCCUGGAGCUGGGGGUGAAGCAGCACCCACGGGCCUGGUUCAUCUCACUGGACGGACGCGCCAAUGCCCAUGUGCGCCACUCCUACAUCGAUAUCAGCAACGAUCUGAGUGGUGGAGGGUUUGGAGGUCCCAGUAAUGUACAAAGAGAUGUCAACUUGGAACCUCCUUUAGAAGCUCAAGAGCGUAAACUGGCAGCAAACCGUAAGGGGAAGGAGGAGCGCUGGGGAUCUGCGCCACGUAAGGGCCACAGUGGCACAAGUAGCGGAGGGAAGAACUACUCCAAACUGGCCUAUCCCGACCACAGCGAGCCCAGCAGCAGUGAGGGCCGCCCAGUGUCGCCAGAGGAGAACUCUCUCACCCCUCUCCUGGAUGAAGGCCCUUCAUCCCGCGGAUCCACCAUCACCAGAAGAGGGCGCAGUCGAGUUAGCAGCAGCCGCAGCAGCAACAGUGAGAACCGCCGUGACUCAAUGACCAGCCCGGAGGACGAUCCUGACGACAAAGAUGAGAACAAAAAGAGUCCAUGGCAGAAGAUCGAAGACAGGCCUCUGAUGGUCUUUCACCCAAGGAAGUAGAAUCUGUAUCGAAGAGACACUGGACCUUUAUCAGAGGGAGCUUUCAUCUUUCAGAGCCGAGAGAGGUCGUUGUUUUUCACUGUGGGAGGUCACAAAAGCACAACCAUCUUCACAGUCUGUCACUGAUGUGCUUCUGGUGUCGUGCUUUUGCACUUUGAGUACUCUCGUAAUCUCACUGUUUGUUCCAUUGGCUUUCAGUGAAAUUAUCUAUUGUAAACUGAAGUUUAUUGUGAAUGUUGUCACCUUAUUAUAUCACUAAACCAUUGUCUGAGCCAUUGACUUUGGAAAUAGCCAUUUUAGAGCAAAAUAUGAGUGAAAGCACUUACUAAUGAUUUGAAGUGGUUCUAGAAUUUUGAAAAUCAAUGAAUUUUCUAUUUAGAAAAUGUGAUAUUUAAACAGUUAACUCUAAAUCCUAUCUGUAAAUGUAAGCAUUCUUUGAGGUACAAUCUAAAUACGCUUAAUAUAUUUGAAGAAAACUAUUACCUAAUUUAUGCUGAGACCCUGUUUAUGGAUAUUGCAAACUGUUUUGUGGUCUGCAUUUUGCUCCUUCAGGGAUGUAUUUGUUUCCCUUCUGUACUGUGUUCAUAUACUUCAUACAAUAGCAUUUACCUGUAAAAACAUCAUGUUGUUUCAGCCACAGUUAAGUUAUCUACCAUUUUGCCAAAAUAAGACUCUGCCUUUCUCCUGAGAUUUUUUGCCUGACAGAGACUUCCUCGUGAGUUUUGUGUAAAUAGGAUUCCUGACAUUUAGAAAGACUAUUUGAUAGGGCAGACGUUUGCAUGAAUAUGAAUGUAAGAAAUAAACAGAAGGCACCAAAAGCCCCCCACAGUUCUCCAGGCUCCUGUUCUGCACAAACCUUUGUUAUUUGCCAAGAAACAAGUCAAACAAAAUUACACAUCUCUUACUUGAAGACUUUUGAUAUCCUGCUGAGAUUUACAGAGGUUGUUUUGUAGACAGGGCCUGCACCACUCCUCUCCUGAAAGUGCCUUCUUUCACAUAGGAUUUAGUGAUAGGCAUGCAGGUCCCUUUGCCAGAAAUGCAGUUGAAAACACCACCUAGGCUUUUUAGAUGGCACCAACGAUAAGCACACUGCAUUAUGGGGAAUAACACAAUUCACUCUGGGGAGCAUGCCUGCAAAACGAAAAUGUCUUUUCAUGAUUACUAUGUCCUUGGAUAUCUUCUUAAUUUCUUGUAUCUAACCGCUUUUUCACCAAACCUGUAAAUGCUUCAGAUUUGAACUAUAUCAAAUUGUAUGUGUAUACAAUGUGCAUGUACUGUAAAAUGUAGAAUAGGGUGUUUUUAUUGAAACUUUUUUUGAAACAAUCGUAAUGUUUUUGGCACAAAAAUGUCUUGCAAUGAAGCAAUGAUUUGCCAAAUAUCGGAACAUACACUGACUUUUCCCUUAACUCAGUCCUAACAAAACCCACUUCCGGUCGUAAAUGUUUACAAUAAUAACAUACUGACCAACACGCUCCCGCUAGCAUCACCACUGCCUGUGACACAUCAGCCAAUGGAAAUGGGUCAAUUGGUGAAAACGCAAGUGUAGCGGACGAAGCUGGGAGACUUUUGAAAUGUGUUGAGAAUGUUAUUUUUUCUUCGUGAAAUUGAGGAACUUGGAAAUCAUAGAAGCUGUAAAAUAUUCACUGUUCGUCAAGACACCAUCUGCUUGCUCUCCAUAAGCUUUGUCAGUAGCCCACACUAUGAACUUAAAAUGUGAGUAAUUUCUGAACUCAGUCAAUGUGUCAAUUUCUGUAAAUGUACCACUUACUUGGACCAGACCUGGCAUCAUAAUAAGUUGUGCAAUUGUAUUUCCUUGCCUGUGUUUGAGGAAGAUGUAUUUGCGUAGGCUGAGGUUUGUGAUCUUGUGUUUGAACAUGAGUUUUGAAGGAGGGCGUUGGUAACAUGUUGACCUUGUAGUUUUCCUCUGCACUUGGCUUAAGAGGGUCCAGAGCGCUGAAGUGCAGGCCUUCAUACUGUGCAGUGCCAUUUUCUUCUGGUCAGAUGUUUGCAAACUGUACAUUGACUCUUUCUGUACAUGAAACAAAAUAGAAAUAAAAUUGUUCCCACUGUG